AUGCCUCAGUCUUCGGUGUCUUCGGUCUUGAUCGAGUGGCAUCGCAAGAGACGCCGCCUUGGCACUCCAUUGGAGCGGAACGACAGUGCAGAUGGCGAGACCAAUCUCGCCGAGAAGGGCGCCUCGCGGAAUGCAGACUUGUCAGCAUUUCCUUGCAGCCCAGUCGUGUGUCCGUCUCCGGCAGAAUUUGAGCGACAGGAUCUCGUCAGAAAGAACGUGCGACAGAUCGAUGCAGAGUACGAGUUCAAGGAGGUUCUCGGUGAAGGUUCCUUCGGGAAGGUUCACAAGGCCCAACACAGACGUACAGGUAUCCUCAGGGCGGUGAAGGAAAUUCCUCAGACGGGUGGAGAUGAUGAUUUUGAGCUUGAGCUCAAGGCACUACAGGCUUUGGACCAUCCUCAUAUCGUGGAGGUCAUCGAGUACUUCGACGACAUCUCCAGCUUUUUCCUUGUGAUGGAACUGUGCACAGGCCUGGGCAAUGGCGCCGCGGGAUGUGGUAAAUCAGUAAAUCCAAUCAUAAACCGUCCCCAAGUCAUCACCAUAAUAGAUAGAUAA